AUGAGAUUUCCGUCCAUCGUCGUCCUCGGCAGCCUCUUAUGGGCAGGCGCCGUCGCAGCAUCCCGGUGCAAACCGUCCCACACACCGUCGUCUUCCUCCAUCAUCCCGUCCUCCGUCUCGUCCUCCUCGGCCGCCGCGUCGUCCUCCUCGCCGCCGCAACUCCCUCCCUGCUACACCAACCUGCUCGGACCCAACUACCAACCGACCGACGUCGCAUCCAGCAGCAACAUUGCCAAGUCGUAUCCUGUCGCCUGCCCUAUUGGUGGUGGCAACACCUGUGUCCGUUUUCUCGACACGAAUAGCCAUGUCGGCGGUUUUUCCUUCAGCGUUACCGUCCCCACCGUCCCCGGCACCUACUACGCCUUCUACACAUAUGUCCGUAUCGUUGCUGCCGAUCCCUCCCUCCCGCUGAUCUGCACCGUCACAAACAGCGCGUCCACCACGUCCCAGGCACUGCAGCCCGGCGACUAUCCUGUGCUGCUCGAUUUCUUGGCGGGUGGCACCUCGUCGACAGUCACGUGCAGCAGCUCGGUGAAGACGACCCUGGAUCUAACGGCGUCGGCAUUUUCCAUUAUCAGCACGGACCCGAGUAAGGGGUGUGCGUAG